AUGGCCGAAUCAUCUUCUGCCGCCGCCGCCGAUGCCGGGGCACCGAACCUCAACCUCACACCGGAAGAGAAACGAGUCUACGGCCAGCUGUUCCGAGCAGCUGAUACAGAAAAUGUUGGAGUUGUCACCGGAGAAGUUGCUGUCAAAUUCUUUGAGAAGACAAGGCUAGAUUCGAGAAUCUUGGGCGAGAUUUGGCAGAUUGCGGAUAAAGAAAACAGAGGCUUCCUCACCCCGGCUGGGUUUGGCAUCGUCUUGAGGCUCAUUGGGCAUGCGCAGGCCGGCCGGGAACCAACUCCCGAGCUGGCUCUUCAGCAAGGUCCUAUUCCACGAUUCGAUGGCUUCACACCGACCCCUGCCCCUAUUCCACCGCCGCCCGCGCUUCAGGCCCAGGCCACGGGCGCCCCAGGUCCCAUUCGCAUCCCACCGCUUACUCCGGAGAAGGUUGCCCAGUAUGCUGGCUUGUUCGAGAGACAGCCUCUUCAGGCUGGCGGUAUGCUUCCUGGAGACCAGGCCAAGCAAAUCUUUGAGAAGUCUGGUCUUCCCAACGAGGUCCUGGGUCGUAUCUGGAUGCUUGCCGACACCGAACAGCGCGGCGCCCUCGUCUUGACCGAAUUCGUUAUCGCCAUGCACUUGCUUUCUUCCAUGAAGACUGGCGCGUUGCGCGGCUUGCCCAACAUCCUGCCUGCGGCCCUUUACGAGGCGGCCACUCGCCGUGCACCGCUUGGCGCAAGCAUCCCCAGACAACAGUCCCCCACAACGGCUACACCACCCAUCUCGGCCGUCCCACGACAGCUCACCGGCCCAGCGCCCUUGCAGCAGAUGCGCACCGGAAGUCCCCUUGGCCGCCCCCCGAUUGUUGCGCAAACGACUGGAGACUGGCUGGUUACUCCACAGGACAAGGCUCGGUUUGAUCAACUGUACGAGGAGCUCGACAAGUCAAAGAAGGGAUUCAUUACUGGUGAAGAAGCUGUCGGGUUUUUCAGUCAGUCCAAUCUUUCCGAGGAUGCUCUGGCCCAGAUUUGGGAUCUGGCCGAUAUCAACUCUGCGGGCCGCUUGACCAGGGACGAGUUCGCCGUCGCCAUGUAUCUUAUCCGACAGCAACGCACCAAGCCAGGCGCCCAUACUUUGCCGACCACCCUCCCCGCCAACCUCAUCCCACCGAGCAUGCGGGCGCAGGUUGUUAGACCCCCAACAGCCACCGGCGCUUCAGCUUUUGACGCACCCCCACGACCUCAGCCAAAGCCAUCUGCGCUCGAAGACUUGUUUGGGCUGGAUGAUCCUCAGCCGCCAGCGCCAGCUCAGGUGGCUUUGGCUACAGGCGGAUCGGCUGGUGGUGAUCCCUUCGCUACUAGCAUGAGCCCUGUUGCCCCUACGUCACCAGCCAGACCGUCUCCCAACACCUCGACAUUCAAGCCUUUUGUUCCGUCCUCUUCCUUUGGCCGCGGCCUUACCACACAGCCUACCGGUGGCUCCAAUGCGUCCGCUGCAGGUUCCGUGACUAGUCUCCCGAUGAGACCUCCUGCUCCCUCCUUUGAAGACGACCUGCUUGGUGAUGCCGAGCCCGAGGUUAGCAAGAACUUGUCGAGCGAGACUACUGAGCUUGCCAACCUGUCCAACCAGAUUGGUUCUUUGACCAAGCAAGUGCAGGAUGUGCAGGGUCAACGUGCGGCUACCCAGAAUGAGCUCAGCCAGUCCAGCAUCCAGAAGAAGAAUUUUGAGCAGCGUCUGGCUCAGCUGCGCGCCAUGUACGAGAAGGAAGCGCAGGAUGUCCGGUCGCUCGAGACGCAGCUUACAGCCUCCAAGAAUGAGACCAAGAAGCUCCAGACCGAGUUUGCCAUGAUUGAUGCUAGCUAUCAAGACAUCCAGAACCAGCACCGAACCGUUGUGGCGGCCCUGCAGGCGGAUCAACAGGAAAACGCAAGCCUUAAGGAGCGGAUCCGGGCAGUGAAUGCCGAGAUUGCGCAGCUGAAGCCCCAGGUCGAGAAGCUCAAGUCCGAGGCCAGACAGCAAAAGGGCCUUGUCGCUAUCAACAAGAAGCAGCUCGCCACCAACGAGGGUGAACGGGAUAAGCUGAAGACGGAGGUGGAGGAGCUCACCAAGAGCAACGAGGAGCUUGCCCGCCAGGCCAACAGCAGUUCGCCUGGUUUGGCUCAGGUCGGAAGCCCAGCCCUUUCCACCACGAGCGCUAAUAACCCAUUCUUCCGGAGGACGGGAAGCACCGAUAUCACCGGGGCUUUUGCCUCGCCCCCCAUUCGGUCCUUUAGCAACCAGAGCUUCGAUGAUGUCUUUGGGCCCAGUCUGAACGUCCGUGAUACGAGCACCCCUCCCCCUCAGCCCGCCAGUGCUAUUCCAGCACAAUUCACCGGAACCUCUACUGGCAGCGGAUCGUUUGCGACACCUGGCUCGAGCAGCCCUAAUGUUAGCCGCCAAGCCACCGUCGCGACCGACUCACCUACAGUCCCGGAACCUAGGCAGAUCAACUCUACCUUUCUGCCAUUUCCCGAACCCACCGACUCCCUGAGCACCUCCCGCCAGGCUUCGCCGGCCUUGAGCCGCCCCGAGACUCACCAGGAGUCCCAACCCAUCAGGGCUGCUUCGCCUAUUGAGGCUCUCAAGACGGGACAGAGCUUUGCCUCUGGCUCGGGCUCCGACCGGCCAAGAGCCCCCUCGGUCGCUUCGGAUAAGCCUUCCAACGUCUUUGGUUCUGUUCCCGAAGAGACGAUCCAGCGUCCCGCCACCAGUGGUAACGUGGACCCCUUCGCCGUGGACCAACAAAAGGCCAAGGAGGACUUUGAGUCGGCCUUUGCCAGCUUCAAGCAGGCCAAGGCUGCCGCCCCCGCCUCGUCCGGCGCGGAUGCGACCAAGGCAUUCUCAACCUUCAACAACGAGUUCCCUCCCAUCUCGGAACUCGAGGGUGACGACGAGUCGGACAGUGAGAGUGAGCGCGGCGGGUUCGACGAUGACUUUGCGCCUGUUUCGCCGGCCACCAAGCCGGUCGAGAAGAGCAUCGAGUCUCGAUCUGCCUCCCCAACUAUCACCACCAAGUCUGCACCAGACGCUUCUGCGGCCGCGGGAUCCUCCCAGAGCCCAGCUCCUGAGCAGCAAGCUGCGAGCGAGAAACCUGCCGCCGCCACUACGGCCUCGUCCACUAACCUGACCAAGCUCUCCAGCUCGAAUGUAGACGACAUCUUUGGCUCAGCUCUCGCAGCCCAGCCUGCUGCCGCUGCAACGAACAACCGCCCGAGCACUGCGACUGCUCCUGCGCCCAAGGGUGCGUUUGACGAUCUUGAUGGCGAUUUCGAGGGUCUCGAGGAUGCCAAGGAGGGUUCCGCCGACGAUGACUUUGCCAACAUCUCCCGGUCCGGUCUCGACGACUUCAACCCCGUCUUUGACAGCAGCCCGCCGCCAAGCCAGCCCAAGAGCGACUCGGCCGCCACCAGCGGAGCCUUUGGUGGUGAGAGCAGCUUCGACUUCGCCUCACUAUCGACCACUUCGGCCGCCAACAGCACGGCUGGUCCCGCGUCUGCUUCGGGCCCUGGCAAAGCCAAGGGUGAUGCCCACGACUGGGAUGCCAUUUUUGCCGGUCUAGAUGAGACCCCCACUGCAUCGUCAGUGACGCUGGCCAGUGGCAACGAAAACGCCAAGGAGGCUCCGGCAAGGCCGGCUGCUGGGGGGGCGCUGACGGAGGAGGGAGAGCACGAUGAUCCGAUCCUGAAGAACCUCACGAGUAUGGGGUACUCCCGGACGGAUGCGCUAGCGGCGCUGGAGAAGUAUGAUUACAAUUUGGAGAGGGCUGCGAAUUAUCUUGCCAGUCAGUCUUAG